AUGUUCUUUUCUCCCCCAAAUCUGUAUGGCAAAUGCUACGGCCGUAUCUUGUUGCGGGUGGUGUGGGGUGAAGCGGAGCGGCUGAGGGCCGUUUGCAUGCGGAAUCCGCUCGCGAUGGGCAAGGCGCGGUUCCUUCGCUCAGUCGAACAGGAACGACGUAAUUACGUUGUCCUAUUUUGCUCUCCUCUUCGACAGUCCCGACCGUCCCUGAGGGACUCGCACUCAGCGCCGGCCUCGUCACCUCCACGUUUUAAGCAGCACAAGGCUCCAGAAGACGUCAGACCCUCUAUCGUGCUUCCUCCACCACUCACAAGCUACACACACACACACACAGUCAAAUACAUAUAUUCAUACACACACAUACAGACACAGAUUUACAUACUUACACAGGACACUGCGACUCGUCGACAAACCAGCAAAGAGGAGAGGCCUCAGAGCAACGGUCGUCUGCUAGACCGUCGGAAAAGCCACGCGACUUCACAGACUGGACGAGGUGAAGAGGACAUCGGCACGGCAGAAACCCCGCUCCGGCCCACUCCGGACUCUGCCUGGGCCAGGAUUUGUGCAACCUGA